GCAAACUCGUGGCGUGUUUUCUCUCUUUCCCACCGCAUUGCAACCAAGUUUGCAGUGAUACAAAUCCAUCGAGCUUUACGGGACACUCUCAGCCUCUCUGCUGUCAACGAGCUUCGUUAUUUUUAUUUUUGUCUGCGUUUUGGCCUCGUGUCUCGAGUCCAGAUCAGUUUUCCAGCUCCAGGCUGCGGUCCACUGCUUUUUUCCCUUCUGGAGAGCAUUCCGUGCUUUCUGCUAACCUCUUUAAAGUCUCGUUCGUGUAUAAUUGGCUUUCUUUUUUGGUAAAACUGUUUAAAACAGCGAAGAUAGUCCAGUGUAUCGUGUAUGAGCAUUAAAGCUGACCCUCGUUUUGCUCUUAAAGCGGGUGAGAGGUUCAUGGACCUUCUGCUGAAGGCUUCCAGUCAUUCAGGUCAUUGAGUUCUCUAGGUCUUAAGCUGUUUACUGCAACUGUGUUGGAAUAGUCUUGUGGUUUUUUUGGUCUGUUAUUUGCUGUUUUCUCCAAAUUGAUGGUGUUGUAGGACAUUCCCUCCCUGACUGGUGUUGGUAAGUUAAGUCAGUGGAUUUUGGCACCAGAAAGCUUCAAAUAAAAGUUCUGUAAUAUUUUUUUGCUCUAGACUAGUUCUUCAACUUUUCAGAUUUGUCCCUAAACUUUGGCUAAAUAAUUUGUAUCACUGCAUAUUUAGUUGCCUUUUGUUCUGGCUGAAGUGACCAAAUUGCCCAUAGAAACACCUGAAUUCUGUCUAAAAAUGCCUAAAAGUCGAGCAGGCCCUCAUAAGUUCUCUCUGUCUCACCCUCAAACACCCAAGCUGUCCUAUGGUUAUAAGUCCACAAUGAAUGUGGGGAGAAGCGGCUACCGGGUCUUCUCUGCUAACUCCACUCCAGCAUGCACUGAACUGGCCAAGAAGAUCACUGAGCGUCUUGGUGUUGAGUUGGGAAAAUCAGUGGUGUACCAGGAGUCAAACAGAGAGACCAGAGUGGAUGUGAAGGAGUCGGUGAGAGGACAGGACAUCUUCAUCAUCCAGACCAUGCCAAGAGACGUAAACACAGCGAUAAUGGAGCUGCUGGUGAUGGCGUACGCACUGAAGACAUCCUGCGCUAAGAACAUCAUCGGGGUCAUUCCGUACUUUCCCUACAGCAAACAGUGCAAGAUGAGGAAGAGGGGCUCCAUCGUUUGCAAGCUGCUGGCCGCCAUGCUGGCUAAAGCUGGCCUGACCCACAUCAUCACUAUGGAUCUGCAUCAGAAAGAGAUCCAGGGCUUCUUCAGCUUCCCUGUGGACAACCUGCGAGCUUCACCCUUUCUACUGCAGUACAUACAGGAGGAGAUCCCAGACUACAGAAAUGCUAUUAUAGUUGCAAAAUCCCCCUCGGCUGCAAAGAGGGCUCAGUCGUAUGCUGAAAGGUUGAGGUUGGGUUUGGCUGUAAUGCACGGUGAGGCACAGUGUGCUGAGUCAGACAUGGCUGACGGCCGUCAUUCUCCUCCCGCGUUCAGACCCUCCUGCGGACCUCCCGGCCUUGAACUGCCCUGGAGACACCAAGCUCCAUUUCCCGGCAUCGAGCUUCCAAUGAUGAUGGCCAAAGAGAAACCACCCAUCACAGUGGUCGGAGACGUCGGGGGCAGAAUCGCCAUAAUUGUCGAUGACAUCAUUGAUGAUGUGGCGGACUUUGUAGCAGCGGCGGAGAUUCUGAAGGAGAGAGGAGCGUAUAAAAUCUACAUCAUGGCCACUCAUGGGCUCCUGUCCGCAGAUGCUCCUCGUCUCAUAGAGGAGUCUGCCAUAGAUGAGGUGGUUGUGACCAACACUGUCCCACAUGAGGUCCAGAAGCUACAGUGUCCUAAAAUCAAGACGGUGGACGUCAGUAUGAUUCUGGCCGAGGCAAUCCGCCGCAUCCACAAUGGAGAGUCCAUGGCCUACCUUUUCCGCAACGUCACUGUGGACGACUAGCCACAAGGUUUAGGAAAUCCUCACACUGAUCUGUGACCAGCUUGGUGUCUUUUCUUAUGGUGGUCUGGGAUUUUGGAGGAUGGACACUAAUUUGGGACAGUACCUGCAGACCAGCCUAUGAACCAGGACCCAAUUUCUUAAAAGCAUGAAAAUAUUAAAACUUUCCUUAUGAGGAAAGUCAUGCUUGCAGUACCUUCCUGAGUACAGACGUAAUUAUCAGUAUAUCUGUCUUAGCAUGCCAGAGAUAUGGAAGGAGAGGGUGAUGGAGUAUUACUUUAUUUGAAGGUCUAUCUUAAGGUUUAUUAAGGUCUUGUUUUUUGUUCAGUUAGAGACUUUCAAAUGGUUUAUUCACUGUACUUUGGGAACCUUUCGGGCCAAAAUGCUGCAAAUAUUAAUGUUUACCAUCUGCAUUAAUUUCAUGAAGGCUAAUUAGCAGAUGAGCUAAAUCAGGUGUGUUUAAUGAAGCAAUGAGCCAAAGUCUGCAGUGAUUUGGCCUGCGAGGACGGGAUCCUGACACAAGAUGUACGCAUUACAACAUUAGUACAUAAUUGGAGGUUUUGCUGUGGAAAAAUCAUAUAAUUAUGAAAUAAUGCACAAAAACUCUUGACCUGUUAAGACCUUGUCCAAAAAUGUUUGAGUAGUCAUGAGCCCGAAUUCACGUUAUAUUAGUGUGAUUGGCAACGUUUCCAAUAUGUGCAGGAUAGAGUCAAGUGAUGUCUGGAGUUUAUUAGGUUAGAACUAAAUAUAGUUUAAUAAAUUACUAAUAAUUAAAAAAAAAUUGUUCCAUGUUUCAAAAUGGAAGUCAUCACUAAUUAGAGGCUUAAAAGCACUAAAACUUCUUAAGUAUGUCAAUUUGCAGGUUCACUCAUUUAUUUUUCAGUCGUUCAGUUUAUCUACAUUUAACCAAAUGUUAAUAUGGGUUGAAAUUAACUUGUUUGUAUGUCUACCAAAAAGACAAGAAAUCGGAUUAAACAUCAUUUUUACUUUAGAAUAUGGGAUGCCAGUUGCUUUUUGCCUCUAAUUUAGUGAUUGAAACUGUACUUGGACAGUUUUGUACUUGGAGCACAUUUAGAAGUAUUAGUGACUUAUUAAACUUUUACUAGUUCUUAACUAAUAAACUCCAGAAAUGACAUAAUACACUAAUACGAUGUUCAUUUACGAUUAAGUAAUUAAUUGUGAGUAAUUUGCAUGACAAGGUUGUCAUGUUUAUUGUACAUUAUCACAGUUAAUAAUGCAACUAUUAGUCAUUUUCAGACUGCAAUCCUUACAGGUUAUAAUGAAUCAAGCUUAAUGCACAGUGAAGAAACCAUUCAAAAGUGUCAAAUUCAGACUGAACGAAGAAUGAAACAUUGAUAAAAGCCCAGUAUGUGUCACAAAUGGAUUUUUGCUGAACUUUUGGCAACACUAGGGUGAAACUUUGUACAGUUACACUACUUGGAAGCCUCAUCUUAAGCUCUUCUUAAUGCAACGUUCAGGUGGUCAGUUAAGAUCCUGACAACACCUGCAUUGUGUCCAGAAAAGCUUCUUGUGGAAUAAUUUAUUGUGAUAAUGAUGUCGUAUUUAUCACAUCACCCACUGAUCCUCCUUCUGUUUUCCUGCAGAUUUUAGUUAGAACCUAUGUCUAACAUGCUGCCCUGCUAACCUAACACUAAAGCAUCCAGCCUGUCAAGGAACUUCUGAAGAACGUCCACCUGUUUCUCAAAAUUUCAUUGCAAUACAAAACAGUCAUUCGGAGUGGUUUGUCAAAUGGUUCAUUGUGGAGAAACUUUUCUUUGGAGUGGUAGUGAUGGGAACCAGGAGUCGCAAUGACUACAACACAACUAUAGCCAUUUUAUUUACUAUCCAAAACCACCAGUGAACCUAUAUGGGCCUUAUAUGUAAUGUUGGUACUAUAAUAGUGAUAAACAUUGCAAAAUUUUGUUUUUUGGGUGCUGUUUUGCCUCACAACACCUUGUAUCAACCAAUCAAUCAACAUAUCAGGCAGUCAUUCUUUAUUUAAAGUUGCAGGACAGGAAGUCUGACAUUGGCAUUGAAAAGAGUCAUGAAUAAAAAUCAGAAGAUAUAUGAAACAUAUGAACACAUCAAAUCAGUAAAAAGAUAAAGUUCAAGCAAAUAACCUAGUAUAACUACCAAAUCAGAAUGUACAGAUAAUAUUGAGUAAUUAUUGAAAUCAAGUAAGUGAAUAAAAUAAAUAAUAAUAAUGAUAAUAAAACUAAUGAAAGAAUAAUAGCAAUAAUAAAAAUAGUACAAUCAAAUAAGAACUAACCAAAAUCAAAUAAAAGAGUUGAAUUUUACAUAAAUGCAUUAGACCCACUCACGUGUCAAGCUUUAUUCAUAAUUGUUGAAUAUGAACAACAUAUUCAUAAUUGUUUUCUGUGAUAACUUGCAGGAGACUUUGGACGUCUGGUUCCUAUCACAACAACAGUUUGGAGCAUUUCACACCAAACCACUCUGAACGACUUUUUCACAGUCACCCUGAUAGUGAAGGUCACCCUGCCGCUGUUAAGGUGGUCUUUGUGGUCCUGCAGGUUUUGUGAAACUUCAGCCCAUGGAGAUAAUAUUGUCCCUCCUGUUCUCCUAACAUUUACACACAUGCAGCGAGACCACGUGUCCAUACACUGCCUCUCAGAAGUGUUCUCCUCUGUACUGUCUCUGCCGUCAUGUAUAAAGAUGUUUGACCAAUAAACCAAGAAAACUGACCAAUA